AUGGAAAACUACCAAAAGUUGGAAAAGAUUGGCGAAGGUAUUCGCGCUCACGUUUCGUAUACAGGAACAUACGGUGUCGUUUACAAGGCCCGCGAUCUUACACAUCACAGCCGUAUAGUUGCGCUAAAAAAGAUACGACUCGAAGCUGAAGAUGAAGGGGUUCCUAGCACGGCAAUUCGUGAGAUAUCACUCCUCAAAGAGAUGAAUGACCCAAAUAUCGUUCGACUUCUCAAUAUUGUUCAUGCGGACGGUCACAAGCUCUACUUAGUCUUUGAAUUCUUAGACCUUGACUUAAAGAAAUACAUGGAGGCUCUUCCUGUUAGCGAUGGUGGCAGAGGAAAGGCUUUGCCUGCGGGUGCUGGACCAGAUCUAGGACGACUCGGCCUUGGCGAUGCGAUGGUCAAAAAGUUCAUGAGCCAACUAUGUGAAGGCGUCAGAUACUGCCAUUGUCAUCGUGUCCUUCAUCGAGACCUGAAACCUCAGAAUUUAUUGAUUGAUCGAGAAGGUAAUCUUAAGCUUGCCGAUUUUGGACUAGCCCGUGCUUUUGGUGUUCCCCUCAGAACCUACACACACGAAGUUGUUACUCUCUGGUAUCGAUCGCCUGAGAUACUUCUCGGAGGGCGCCAAUAUUCAACAGGAGUUGACAUGUGGUCAGUGGGCUGUAUCUUUGCCGAGAUGUGUACCCGAAAGCCCCUCUUUCCAGGAGAUUCUGAAAUAGAUGAGAUAUUCAGGAUUUUUCGUCUACUUGGAACCCCUACAGAGGCCGACUGGCCAGGGGUCAUGGACAAGACUUGCUUUCCCGACUUCAAGUCUUCCUUUCCUAAGUGGGUACGCAACGAAUCGCAGCCACUAUGCGAAGGCUUAGAUGAAAAGGGCCUCGAUCUUCUCGAUCAAAUGCUUGUCUAUGAUCCUGCUGGCCGUAUCUCAGCUAAGCAAGCCUGUCAACAUCCGUACUUUGAGGACGGUAGCUCAGCCUACUCUGGUCGUGGCUACGGUCCUACCGCCAGACCUAAUGUAAAUGGCUUCCAUUGA